AUGGCUGACGACGACGCCAAAACCAACAAGCGAAGCCAUGCGGACCUUGUUGCCCAAGAUGACGACAGCUCCUCCGAUGACGAUAUGGGCCCUCAGCUUCCCUCAGAAGCACCAAAGAAGAAGAAGCGUCGCGUCCUCCCAUACGAAAAGCUCUACAUUGCUGCGCUGCCCAAGUCGACCCGGUACUCCAAGUCUCUGAUGCACAAGGAACAGCUGUCUUUCGUGACAGUGACGCCUCUGACGGACUUCAUUGUUACCUCAUCUGUCGACGGUGUCGUCAAGUUCUGGAAAAAGGUGGCCGAGGGGAUAGAGUUCGUCAAGGAGUUCAAGGCACAUGCAGACGAGAUCAGGUCCGUCUCCGUCAGCCAAGACGGGAGAAGCUUCGCAACCGCCGGGGCAGACAAGACGGUCAAAAUCUUCGAUGUCAUUACGUUCGAUCUUCUGGCGAUGCUGAAGUUGGCGUUUGUACCGAGAUGUCUUUGCUGGAUUCACAACCGAGGGGCUUCGCUGCCUCUCCUGGCGGUAUCCGAGGAAACGAACUCCAACAUCCACAUUUUCGACGGCCGGGGAGAGAGACAAGACCCGAUUCACACGAUCAAGUCGUUACACAGAAGUCCGGUCUCAAUUAUGGCUUUCAACAGUGCCUACGACUGCGUGCUGUCUGCGGACGAAAAGGGCAUGCUGGAGUACUGGCGCCCGAGCGGCGACUACGAGAAACCGGACAACGUAUUCGAGUUCAAGGCGUCAACAAAUCUCUUCGACUUCAAGAAGGCAAAAGCAGUACCGACAUCAAUCACGAUUUCACCGACAGGCAAGCAGUUUGCCGCCUUCUCUCAGCCAGACCGGAAGAUCCGAAUCUUUGACUUUGCGUCCGGAAAGCUGUAUCGAACAUAUGACGAAUCUCUUCAAGUGAUUGAGGAUAUGCAGCAUGCUGGUUUGGCGUUGCAAAAGCUGGAAACUGUGGAGUUCGGUCGCAGAUUCGCCGUCGAGCGAGAGAUUGACUCGGCAGCGUACAGAGACAAGGCAAAUGUCAUCUUCGACGAGUCUGGCAACUUCAUUCUUUACGGCUCAAUAUCUGGCGUUAAAGUGCUGAAUACCUACACCAACCAGAUCGUCAAGGUGUACGGUAAAGAAGAGAACUUUAGAGCCGUCAACCUGGCGAUAUACCAAGGUCAACCGCAGAAGAAGGGCAUUACUACAGUCGAAAUGGGUGCUUCUGCCAACCCCCUGCUUCAGGAGUCCGAGUCUAGAGACCCCAUCCUGAUAACGACAGGAGUCAACAAGCAACGGUUUUACAUGUUUACCAAUGACGAAGAAAUCUCAAAGUCAGUGAGAGAUGUCCAAAACGAGAAGCCUACAAUGCUUGGCCAGAAGAAGGCAGAGGAGGCCAAGAAGGCAGAGACUGGAACCGGCGCCGUGAUCCACACCAACUACGGUGACAUUCACAUUCGUCUCUUCCCCGAUGCGGCACCCAAGGCUGUUGAGAACUUUGUUACCCACUCAAAGAGCGGCUACUAUAACAACACGAUUUUCCACCGUGUGAUUCGCAAGUUCAUGAUCCAAGGUGGAGAUCCACUCGGUGACGGCACGGGUGGCGAGAGUAUAUGGGGAAAGGAAUUCGCAGAUGAAUUCAGCAGUUUGAAGCACGACAAGCCAUAUACAGUCAGCAUGGCUAAUGCAGGCCCAAACACCAAUGGCAGUCAGUUCUUUAUCACAACGGAAAAGACGCCUUGGCUAGACGGGAAGCACACUAUUUUCGGGCGAGCGACCCAAGGGUUCGACGUUGUCCAUAAGAUCGAGAACGCGCGGACGUAUAAGGAGAAGCCAGAGGAGGACAUCAAGAUCCUUAACAUCGACAUCGUAUAG